CUUUCAUUUAAAACUUCCAUAAUAAGUUGCCUUGCUUCUUGGACAAAUGUGCAUCGAAUUUCAAUACCUCCAAACAAAAUCACUUUUGUUGAAGCUUCUCAUCUUCCCUUCAUUUAUCUUUCUCUUUAACCCAAUUUGAUUAUCUCUCUCCCUCUCUCUCUCUACUAUUCAACCUCUAUUGUUCUUUCCUUCUCUUCUUAGCCUUGGAGCUGGUUGAUGGAUAUUGAACCCUUGUGGGCUAUUGGGGGGUGGUCUUUUCUUUCAAAUUAUUGCAUGGCAGAACCUAAAGCAUCAUCAUCAUCAUCACCAAUCUCAGAACCUUUCUCAAAAUCACCCUCUUUUCUUCACUUCCUCUCACUUUUCUUCAUCCUCCUCCUUCUCAUCAACCUAUCCCACCAACCACACCCUUCUACCAUGGCCUCUUCAGAAAAAAACACCAAAUCAUCAGAAUCAGCCAUGCCCACCACAAGCAUGCACCCUCAGAACACCCAAAAAUCCCAUACUCCAUCUUCUACUAAGGAUGCUGGAAGAGAAUUUGGUGCUGAUGCUCAUGAAGUUCCAAGUGGUCCAAACCCUAUAUCAAAUUAAAAGGUAAGUGACAACUCAGAAGCAUAUACCAUAUGAACCAUAUAGCCAGACCUAGCUAUUUGAAGAUAAAAAGGAGUUGUAACGGCAUAGUCUCACUAUUGUAAUGGUCAUCUUCAAUGUUCUUAUUUUAGUUCAUCACCAUAAAUAUAUUAUUGCCUGUCCUCAGUGAGAGGUUUGUGUUAGUAAUGUUAUUGUCAUCAUCGUUAGCAAAAUUAAAUUUCUCUCCCUUUUUGGCUGGAAAUGUAUAGCAAGAGAUAAUCUAUUUUCUAUAUGUAUGUAUGUACCUACCUAUUUCUUUCUUAUAUAGAUGAUGACAAAAUGGUGUUGGUGAUGGUAUAAGCAUUUAAACCCAUCUGCUUUUGUGUAUGAUAUUUUUUUGGGCUUUCUACCAUAUUUGUAUCACGAAUUAAGAACAAAGAGUUUAAAUUUAUGUGAUUGAAUUGUGUGGCAUA